AUGCAGAAGUAUCGCUCGGAGGCAUCUUUAGUGGUGCAGUACUCUGUGGAUUUGUCUCCUGGAGGGAAGCAUCUUCGCGUGUGGCAGCUGGGUUUCCGCACUGAUUUCGGCUUGGCAGGAAUGGUUGACCCGUUCGACAUGGUCGGCCUCAUUGAAUUGGUUUUGGCCCAUGGGUUUCGCACAGAUCCCAAUUACCCAGGGGUCGAGAAGCUCAACAUUGUGAAGCCGAUGCCUGCAUGGUUGGAGACCCCCUACAAGCCGUUGCCAGUCCUGGAUCCCAACGGUGGUUGGCUUACUAGUCUGAUGUGUGUGGAGUGCUUGAUGUUGGUAGCUUUCAGCCCAGUGCCAGGCACAGUGUCAACAGCAACCGUGUUUGCGCUGACACAAGGUGGUGAUGAGCAAAUUGCUCCGUUUUCGAUCGCCUACGUGAAGGGGUGGCGACGUGCUUUGGCUUGCUUGAUUUGCUGUGAGGGAGUUCGCAGCCUUGGGCUCUCCACUGACGAGCUCACUUCGGACUUCAAGGCAUCACUUCAACUGAUCCAUGGAAGCGUCUGCAAGUUCUCAACCUCCAAAGAAGCAGUUUUCGCAUCCAGAGGAGCUACUCUGUCACAAACAUCAACCAGACGACCGCCGAACGCAAUGAAUUUCAUGCGCCAGCUGGAGAUCUUGAAGAAGAGUGGUGAAACUGCAGAGUGGGACAAUGCUGCUGCAGUGGCACGUGCUUUUAGCAUCGGUCCCAAGGAGAGUGCUGCAGUGUCAAACCUUCAAGCCCAUGUGAGCCCCACUGUCACAGAGCUUCUCAAAGAGGCGACCAGGGGUCGUGGGAUGCGUCUAUGGAUCACACAUGACAUGCUGGCGCGUGAGAUGUUCAAUUUGACUUGGAGCAGUGGACAGUCUGGCCCGCUCUGUGCUUGGGUGGUUGAGCUGACAAACAAACCGGAUGACAAAUUGGCUAGGUUGUUCAUCAGGCGCCUCACAAGUGACUGGGACCGGCAGCCUGCUGGAAUGAAGCAGUGUUGGACGUACAAGACCGCUCUCCCAGUCCAUGCCGCUUGUGGCGGUUUUUUGGCGAUCAUGGAUCGUUUGCAGAGCUCCAUCCCUCAGGCGGACUUUCAGAGCGUGGAGCAGCAAAUCUGUGAUCAGUUUGCGGUGGGUAUUUUGGAUGGUGACAUACUUCACUUCCUGGAGAGCACAGUUCCCCCAGCGGAUCUCAAGCAGGUGACCUUUGUCAGGAACACCAUCACAACGGUGGAGAAUCGAGCCCAACGCGAUGCAGAAGAACAAGAACGACUCCUUGCAGAAAAAGUCGCGGCAGCCACUGCCGACCAAGUGAAGAGGGGACAGGAUUUUACCAAAGAUUUCAUGGAGAAGCGAUGCAAACUGGUUUAUGCAGAUGUCGCUGACCCAAUGAAGGGAAAUUUCUUCCCUGAGAUUGCAAAGUUCGUCGCCAGGGCCGUGGUGAAGCACCGCCGGCUGCUGGAGGACCAGCUCAUGAAUGCAUCGCUGGAUGUGUUGUGGCCUGUCACUUUGUCCUUCGACAAAUCCCAGUUGUCAGCGGGAGACAAACGUGCGCCAUGGCAUCCUUGCUUGUUUGUCACCGCAAGCUGUCAUGAAACGUCUCCAUGGCAAGACAGUCACGCUGCCCAGACUCGAACAAUUGGUCCAUGUCCCCUGAUCCGGGUGGCUGACAUGCUGGGCUUUGAUGAAACUAUGAAGGGUGUUCCAGCACAUGCGGCCAUUCUUACUUCCUACCUUCGUGGGCUCAGCUUUGGCGAUGGGGAUGUAGUUGUGGUGGCUGAUGUGCUUCCCAACAGGCAUGCUGAAUUUGGAAGAGCAGCGUUGGAAAGGAUGCUAGAUGGGAGCGGAGCCACACCUCAGAUGUACUACGUUGGCUGCUUGAGGCCUGAUCAGGGCGACGUGAAGAUUGCCAUGGAGAAGGUGGUUUACGAUGACUGGGACCGUUCGCCAACGGCCCCGGCCAGAUCAAGACCAGUGGAGCCACAGCCUGAUCCGAACCUGCUGCUGUUGACUUGGUCCAACAAUUCAGCUUCCUUUCCGGAUUCUGUUCUCCAGAAAUUUCCUGAAGGGACGACGGCCCGUGCAGAGAUUCUGGAGCUCAAGCGGGCCUUUAUCGAGGAGUUUGGUGAAAGCAUGACCAGUACCAAUCAAACCAGUCCAGGCAGUCAGCCGGCAUUGAGGAGGGCCACGGGCCGGCCUGACUUCAGCAUCGAUGGGGGCGCAAAACCGCUUGACCUCGCCAGAGAUUUGAAUCUUCCACUGGUUGCGAGCAGUGACUUUUCUGUGCAGAGGAAGGGCUAUUGUGCCAGCAGCCGCAACAAGCCUGCUGUGGUGAUCGGGGAGGACUACUCUAUGUGGAUCGGGAAUGAAACCACUGAGGAGCUGAAGCUGGAAUGUAGCGAGAUUUGCGGUUUCAACCUUGGUGCCUAUGAGGAGAAAGCUGUCACAGGUUUGGGUGAGUCGGAGCUCUCGGGCAUUUGCUUUCGCUUCCCGAAUGAUUUGGCAUUGGUUUCGCACGAGAGGAAGUGCAUGAGCUUGGCUGAGUAUAGCCACAUUUGCUGCACAGUUCAUGGGGUCGCAAGUUUUGAGCUGGCGAACCAUUUGAUGGUGCAAAAGCAGUACCCGCCUGCAUCUCGGUUUGAAGAACAAACCAAGCCAUUCUGGGCGGAGCAGGGACAAGAAGGAUUGCCCGUGCCGUAUAGAUUCCAGGUCAGCCCGGCUGCAAAUGGCAAGUGCAACGUGUUCAAGCCGAAUGUGAUCUCGAGCGACAGUGGUGCCGUCAGGCAUGCAACCAUUGGCGCUUUGUAUGUUGGGCACAUGGACAAGCUUCCGAAGACACAGUCUGCAUGCACCGUUUGGGAGGUGCAGCUGCAGACCGGAUCAGGCACAGCCCGAAUCAUUGGCUUGAAGCCCAAGAUUUUCCUGACAGGAGCAUUGACGUUGCCUCCCAACACUUGGGCAAAAGUGUCCUGA